AUGAAGUCCCCCAAGAUCAAGUCGGCUGCCAAGAACACCGGCCCUCGCCAGGUGCGCUUCAAGGACAACAGCGGUGGUAGCGAUGGCUCUUUCCCAAUCACCCAGGGAACAGCCCCCUCGACAGCUCCUGCCUUCAGCGGCCCAGACAUUGACCACGGUGAAGACGACGGUGUUUUUAUCCACACAUCUACCAAUCCCUCCGCCUCUGUCAACCUUGGCCACAAAUUUCCUGCUGCCUUUCCUCCCUUCGCUCAGUCGCCUCACCUUCACGGCAACCCAUUCAUCCCCCACAACUCGAUUCAUCCCGGCUUCGUUCACGAAACAAACGCCUUCGCACCAUUUGCAAAAUACAACCCGUACGGCCUUCAAGGUCUUCCUACCAACAUGGCCGACUACCAGAACGUCGGUCCUCCUGCCGGCGGACUUCACUUCCAGCCGCCCGUCCCGGACACCACUCACGGUGUUAUGCAGCACGUCUACGUGCCUCGCUUCGACAACGGCAUGCCUCCCGGCGCUGUCUAUCAUCAGCAUCCUGCCAACAACGUCACGUAUAUUGGCCAAGGCCCCGCGAACCCUCAGUUCAUCAUGGCCCAGCAGCCAGUCAUGCAGCCCGGAAUGGCAAUUCCCCAGCAGCCCAUCAUGCUCCAGGCCCCCCCUGUUGCCAUGAACGGUCCUCCCAUGUUUCAGGGCGUUCAUCCCAUGGGCAUGCAGAUGCCGGGCUGCGGUGGUGUUCCGGUUUUCGCAGGUAAUGCUCAUCUUCCUCCUGAUGUCACGGGAUUUGGCAGAACCGCUGGCGAAAUCGCCGUGGAGCAAGCUCAGUUUGCCCAUGCAAAUGGUCUCUUUGAGCCCCAGGACUUCAAGCCCGCCGAUGACGACCCGUCACGCUACUAUCCAGUUCGAGAGGUUGACGGUAACUGGACCCAGCGCAACCGUUUCACUAUUGACAACCUUGGUGACUGCCGCUGGUAUGUCACCACCGAGGGCUACUUCUACGCCGUCCGUCUGCCCAACUAG